UCGAUUCCCGGCCAACGCAGCUGUUUUGCACCGAGAAUCUUGAGGCGUCAAUUGUUGGAGAUCCUGUUUCUAUUAUCGAGUAAACUGCCCACCGAGGAACAUAUUUAAUGUAUAUUUCAUGUUAUAUUUUAGAAAAUAAAGCAGCAGAGAACAGCUGAUUAACUCACAGUGAACUCUAUAAUACUGCAGGAAGUGUCUGUAGAUUAACAAUCACACAGACUGAAUAGGUUUCUUCUGACAGACUCACUGUUUUAAUUCUCAUUGUUCUAUUAGUUCUGUGGUUGUUUUAUAUCAGAUUUUAUGAUGCUGUUGUUCUUUGUACUACAAAGAUUGAACUCACAGGAAUAAAUCAUUUAUUCAUUGAGCUUAUUGUUUAUUUCAUUUUAAUGUUAUUUAGUACCUUUUAUUUUAUGUUAAAAAUAAAUAUAAAAAACAAAUAUGUAAUUCUUCUCUCGUUGCUUUUUCCUACAGCUCCUGAAUGCAUCGGCCGUGAGCUCUGUGUGUGUGUGUGUGUGUGUGUGUGUGUGUGUGUGUGUGUGUGUGUGUGUGUAGAUAUGGCGAGGUAUUUCCGCAGCGAGGUCGACAUUAAGAGUCCAUGGCAUCAGGUGCUGGCCGCCUUCUGGCAGCGCUACCCGAACCCGUACAGCGCCCACGUCCUCACCGAGGACGUCCUGUACCGCGAGGUCACCCCCAGCAACCACCUGUUGUCACGGCGACUGCUGACCAAGACGAACCGGCUCCCGGGCUGGGCCGAGCGCGUCUUCCCCGCUCACAUGGCCCGAGCCGUGUACGUCCUGGAGGACUCCAUCGUCGACCCGCACACGCACACGCUCACCACCAAGACCUGGAACCUGAACCACAACACGCUGAUGACGGUGGUAGAGCGGUGUUUGUUUGAGGAGGACCGCAGUCGGCCAGCUUGGACCAAACUGAAGAGGGAGGCCUGCAUCUCGUCGGGGGUCUACGGCCUGGCCCGGCCCAUACAGGAGUUCGGUCUCGCCAGGUUUAAAAGUAACCAAGCCAGAGCCAUGAAGGGGUUGGAGUACGCGCUGUCCAAGAUACAGACCGAGGUCGCCGCGGAGUCGUCAGAGAAGCACAAGCUCCUCCCACCGCAGACCACGCCCACCCCGACUACCCAGAACCCCAAGCAGUUUGUCUGAUGGGCGGGGCUUCAACCUCAGCUGUGAUUGGUCGCUGCUUAGAAGCUCAGGCAUCGUUCUCUGAACUACAAUAAUUCCCAGGAUUCAUUGGGAAUGAUUUAAACUGUCUUAGUAAAGUAAUUAUAUGUUUUAUUCUCUAAACUUUGUUCUCUUUGAAUUUAAUUGUUUUUAUUUAGAUGAUUCUUUAAUAUAUAAUUUAGGCAGUUUGUGUAGAGUUUAAACGUUUUUGUUAUUUAAAAACAAUAUUUAGAAAUUACGUAUUUAAAAUCUAAAUUUUCAUCUUUGAGACUUUAUAAAUAUAUCAGAUUGUACUAAUGUUAUAUUUUAUUUUCUAUAUAGAUUAUAUAUGUUCAUUCUGUUGAAGCUGUUCUUUUUGUUUUGUCCUCGUUUUUAUAUUUUUAUACGAUCAGUCGUUUUCAUUUUGAGUUAUUUUAUUUUAUAAUAUUUUACUAACUGUUUUUUGUUCUUUGUUGUUUUGCAGCUGUUCCAUCUGGAACUUUUGCAUGUUGAAUGAAUUUUAAAAUCUGUAUCAGGACAUUAUGGAAAUAGUUACACACACAGUGAGUUUAUCAUCAGUCUGUUGUACAGAAGCAUGUUUCAUAUUCUGAACAACCGUUAGCACAUCCUCACCGCCAUCAUCGCCCCCUGGUGGUCGCCUCCGUCCGGCUGAUUAAUGGGAACAGUUUGAUUUAUGUCACAUGACACAAUUAGCCAAAACCUUUUUAGAUAGCAGAGUUUAUUGCCUCUCACCGGCUGUGGAGUUUAUUAUAUACGUGGCUACAAUAGAUUAUUAUUUUAUUAUUUUCCAAGGCUCUGGCCCUGCUGGUUCUACUGGUUCUGCUGGUUCUGCUGGUUCUACUGGUUCUACUGGUUCUGCUGGUUCUACUGGUUCUACUGGUUCUGCUGGUUCUACUGGUUCUACUGGUUCAUGUUUCAGACAACAGCAGGACACUCAUUCACUCUUCUUUAACUUGCUGACAUAUUUACUCAUAAACUAAAUGAACGUAGUCUUACACUGAAACUGAUUAAAUCAAACAUUUUAAGUAACAUAAAGUCAAUUUUGUAAAUUAAAAAACAUUGUUGAUUAAGUAAAGUUUGUUUUCACUGUACAAAUAAACAAGUGAAGUCAGGGUCACUUACAGUUCCUACAGAUACUUGAUCAAGACUGUUUUUUAACUCAAAAAUGUACUUUAUGUUACUUAAAAUCAGUUUAAACUUUUUAAUGAAAACCUGUAAAUGUAGAGUUGUUCAGUCAUUGAAACACCUGGAAAUGAUUAAAAUGAACAAAAAUCCUGGAAAUAAUCUGCGUUGUCCUGUAAAACUGUAUUUUAGCCCCUCACUCACACCCUUUUUAAUUUCUGCUUGUUACUUUUUGUUAUUAAUGUUAGAUUUGUUGGUUGAUAAUUGUUCAUCCAGAAACACUUAUACUUUCUACCUCUUCUUUUAACGGCCUAGUUUAGGGUUGAAGAUGAACUUUCUGUAAAAAAUAAAAUGUGUUCCACUUGA